AUGUUGAGUUUUAUGAAAUUUUUCCUUUCUUACCUUAUUUUAGUCCAUUCACACAUUUUUAGCAUUAAAGUGAAGUACACUUGUCAUUUAUUUUUAAAUAACUAUUCAACUUUUCAAAAGAAGAGGAAACAAAAUUAUUUAAAAACAAUAAACCCUUUAAAUUUAAAAAAGAGGUUAGACCCAAAUAACAAAUAUACUGUUAUAAAAAGACAUGAAGCAAAAAUUCAAAGGAACUUAAAAAGAAAAUAUCUUAUUGAAAGAUAUAAGGAAAAAAGGGAGUUAUUAAAAAAAUAUAUAUCAGAAGCAUCGUCUCCCAUUGAAUAUGUUUACUGGAAAUACAAACUCUCAUUGUUACCGAGGGAUUCCUGCCCAGUAAGGUUCAGAAACAGAUGUGCAAUAACAGGGAGAGCAAGAGGCUAUAACGCAUUUUUCGGUCUGUGUAGACAUCAAGCUCGAAAAUUGAUACAAAAUAUGUUUUUUCCUGGUUUCGUUAAGGCAAGUUGGUAA